UCUCGACACAGCGGUCGAUGUCGGGCGUUUGUGUGUUGUGGGAGUUAUUCGAACGACUUUACCCGGAGUGGUCCGUUGCCUAGCACCCAGUGACACCAAGCGAAGGUCCAAACGAAACGAACGGAUUCAGCAGGACUACCGCAGGAUCUGUGUUGGGUUGUGAUUUUUGUGAAAACUUUCCUUGGACUCAGUGAAAAGGGUUGGUGAAAUGUGAAAAACUGAAAGUCGUGCUACAAGAGUUGAACAAGAGUUUUGUGUUAGAAUCGCCCCCCCCCCCUAGAAGAUCGCGCGAACUUUCGUACUGAAAACAAGCCUGCGGGUGAAAGUGAAGAAGUGCGCAGAGAGAAAGAGAAUCCAAAUCGAAAGACUUCAACGCCCGAGUACGGGAUUACAGGAAACGAACCUCCGAGCUGCUACCACCUCCGAUCGUUCGCCGGGUUCCUGCGCGGAGCUACGAACUCACGAUUUGAGCCCCAAACCAAUCGACUACGAAAUGAUGGUACCCCUGAACGUUGACUAGCGGACUCGAGAAGAAUGAUUAAAGCGCACUCUUCCGCAACAGCCAGCAAGGAAAGUGAACUUUUAAUAGUGAAGUGACACUAGCAGCAGCAGCAGCAGCAGCAGCAUUAGCGUUAGCAAACCUUCAACGGAGUGCACACUCCCUCCCCCAAAUCCACUUAGCCAAAAUGUUAGAAACAAAACUUCAUCGCAAAAUGGCGCCCUCCCUAGUGGCGCUCGUUGCACUAACGGCGUGUGCCUGUCUGCUCGCCAGUACGCCCCUGAUUGAGGCGCGUGUGAUAGUACGACGUCAAGCGGAAGAACUGACGCCCAACGCAACGUCAUUGGUGGAUGAUCGUGUUGCGACGACACCACCACGGCCAAACGAUCGCUUCGAACAGUUCCCGGCAAUGGUAGGCGAAGAGCAGCUGAGCGAAUCGGAAGCAAGCCUACAGUCGGACUCCUUGGGUCCUUCUUCUUCAUCCUCUGGUGCGGAUUCUGCCGCCAGUGUAUCCAAUGACUCCACUGGCGGUGACAGUGAGCUGACAUCGUCCGCAGCGGAGACUAUGGAGCAGACCAAGGAUUCUGCUCGCGAUGAGGAUGACGAAAAUCAGUCUCCGGUCACUACAACGGUACCAGAGCCUUCCAACGAGGAUGCACGAGAGCGUGCAUCAAAUUCAGAGGAUGCUAGUGCCAGCAGUUCAGCAAUCUCGUCUGCCUCCGGUUCACUGGAAUCCCUGGGUUCGGCAUCACUGAUCGAAGCCAGUGCGUCCGACAGUCAGCUCUCGGAGGACGACGAUUCGACGGAAGCCACGCCAACCACGGUCGAGCCAGUCGCAAUUAACGAAAUUACCACCUCGACCAACUCCAGCACCUCGGCCUCGUCCAGUGAAACGGGAAGCAGAAGCUCAUCGGCGGAAUUGCAAACAUCUGGCGCAGCAGCAACAUCGAGCGCACAGAUGCUACAGCAACGGAUGGACGAAACGACGGCCGCAUCCGUGGAACAGCAGACACGCCAAGAAGAGGGAGAAGAAGAAGCUGCCGUGACCACACCACAACCAGGCCCUUCCCGGGUUGAUGAGGUCGCAUCACUGCGCGAUGGCGCGAUGGAAGACGACGAUGCCCUUGCCACAACGACGGCCGUUCCCGGGGAUGAGUUGGACAUGGAAGUGGAAACAGUGAAACCUGUUGCGGCCGACGGUCAAUCCGCCAGCUCCGACGGUGGUUCGCGGGCAUCAGAAAUCGAGCAGCAGUUCGAUCUGAGUCGAUACACAUCACCAUCGAACUACUCGCAAGGUGGAAUCACGCUGGACGAUAACGAUACGAGCGCUGGAGGAUUCGCAGCUGAAACGGCAGAAGAAGCGGCAGAGCAGAGUACGGAUUCACCGAUAACGACCACCAGCCAACCAUCAGCUAACGGGGAGGAGGUCGUACUCGAUAGAAUCCGUGCGAAUGAAACCGUCGAACGGAACAUCUCGCAGUCACGGGAACAGGCGGAGAUUGAAACGAACAGCUACGAGCUCGCCGUCUCGAACAAUGAGGUGAUCCGCAAUCAGACCACGGAUGGUACGGCAGUACCGCGCGGUAAGAAGGGUAAAUUCCUCGAUCAGUUCAACGAGGAGACGACCGAGGAUAACGACAUUAAUCUGCCGAAUGGAGCGGCCUGGGCACUGGCCGGUAUGCGGAUGGUGGACCGAAAGCAACCGGGUGCUGCCGAUGAAUCGACGGCUGAGACGGUGCCGGUGGCCGAGCGGACGACAGAUGACACGACGGACAAUCUGGUGGCGAACAAUACGCUGAAACAGCUGAUGGAUUGGGCGGUCAUUAUGCAGCAAGCCGACUUUGCUGACAACAGUUCCUUCAUCCGUUCGACGGUGGGGACGGAUGAGGUGGAAACAGUGCCGACGAACGACGGUAAGGAUCGGCGAACGUAUGCCAACAAGGUACCGAACGUCGAGGGUGUGGCCGAUAUCCUGAGUGAAGAGAAUCGACUUACGGCCGCCGUCACUGAGCCUUCUGAAGCGGAAGGAUCCGGAGGAAGCGAUGUGGUGGAAUCGAACGUUGUGGACACUACGUUCGCUCCAUCUACCGAACGGCCAGGCCAGGAGAGGGAGCAAGAGAUGGAAGAUUUCAAAUUUGAGGAUCGUUCUACGAGCACGACGCUAGCGAAUGAAGUGGCCGGUGGUAACAUUGUGGCGACCACUACCAGACGUACCUACGAAGUGAGCGAAAUGGUGGAUGAAAGUGAAGUUCCAAAGCUUCGCAUGACAUCCGAGGCCACCACUACCGUUAGUCCACGCAUCGAAACGAGUACCGUUGGUGGCAUCUUCAUGGAGGAUAUGCCCGUGACAACUUACUCACCGGUCGCGCCGAUACUACGCCGUGUAGAGCAGACAACCACGGCGACCCUAUUGACGACGAUCAUUGCAAGAAUUCCAACAACGAUGCCACCACGUCGUUCCGUUACCACGACCCAGGACUAUUCCUCGUUCACCACAACCGAGGUGCCGAUGAGAGAAACGACAAUCACGCCCACUACACCACCCACGGUGGCCAGUACUACAACGGGAAGUGAGGAACCGAUCGUGGAACCGAAACCAUUCGAUCAGGACUCCACGGAUUCGACGGAAGUGAACCUUAAUCUGUUGAACCGAACUGAGGAGCGAAUGGCUACGGCCACGGUGCUUUCUAGUGUCACCACCACCACCCAGUCCACGCUGUCCAGUGCUACGCUCACGAACAAUGUAGAGCUGGAUGAUUCGUCGGCCGGAGAAGGCCCCCUGGGGCGAACAGGAUUCACCACGGAACGCUCUGAACCGCCACAGCAACCGACCACGGAAGAUAUCGUCCUAGACGGUGGUAAGGUACCGAUUGUGGUCGAUGAAAAGCGCGUUUAUGAUACGGUCACCACCACGACAACGGCAGCACCGAGCACAACGCUAGCUCCAUCGACAACUCCGAACGCGGCAUCGCCGGAAUCGGCCAGUGUUUCGGCGGAAGCGUACACUACCCGGCGUACGAUCGAUCGGUCAAUGACCACGACGGAACUUUCGGAAGAGGAAUCAAUCACGGAGGAAGAUUAUAUCGAGCUGGCGAAUCCGUCGAAUGCUUCCGGUGUACCGGCCGGUGCGGAUGCAGGUGCUAGUACAAGUGCGGCGCCCAAACAAACCGUCGAAGGAUCGACUGAGCAGUCGCAGGGUGAACCGGCAACGGAGGAGGACAACAGUGUUGUCGUGGCCGUUGUCGCAAGCAUCGUUAGCGUGAUCGUAGUGCUGCUGUUGAUUGCUGCCUUUAUGUACUAUCCGCCAUUGCAGAUCGUGUUCCGUAAGCGCCAGAAUCAGGUAUCGUACGGCCAGCGCUGUCGCCCCGUUGGGCUGGACGCAUACAGCCUGGACAACGUGUCCGUGUACAAUAGCGUGCGGCGCAAGGGCAAUACCGCGCGCAUGUCCAAGCGAUCGUACGGUAAUUCGGCGUUUGAGGAUCCCAACUUUAAAACCAACCCGCUGACGGUGGCCGAACUGGCAAACAUUAUCCAGAAUAAGACAGCCAUCUAUGAUGAGUUCAAGGAGAUUCCGAACGUGACGGCACGGGCCGAUGAGGUACCGGAAGGUUGUGAGGACAAAAAUCGGUACGCCAAUGUUGUUCCACUACCGGAGACACGGGUACAUCUGAAGCGUCUGAACGAGGAUGAGAAGACGGAGUACAUUAACGCCAACUUUGUGAAAGGGCCAAAGGACUCGGCCAACUACUACAUCGCCUGCCAGGCACCGAUGGAGAACACGAUCAACGACUUUUGGCGCAUGAUCUGGGAGCAGAACUCGAAGGUGAUCAUUAUGGCGACCGAUCUGAGUGAGAAUGGAGUGGAAAAGUGUGCCGAGUAUCUGCCACCGUCGGUCGUGCUGGACAACAGCCGCACCUUUGGUGAUUUCCAGCUAACGUUGAAAAAUCGUGAAAAUAAGGAAAAGUACACAAUCUCGACCGUGCACAUGCGCCACGUUCCAUCGAACAAUCUGCGUGAGAUUAUGCACUUCUGGUAUCAGUGGCCCGAUACCGGCGUUCCGAUCGACGAGUCGUCCAUCAUCGGUAUGCUGCUGGAGGCACGCUCCUACCUGAAGCUAUCGCCCUCGGAGUUGGCCGAGUUUGCGACGAUCGUUGAGGAGAACGAAACGGCCCCGUCGGAGCCCGCGACGGCGAAUGGAACUGAAAAUACGCACAAUAACAACAAUAAUAGCAGCAGUAACAACAAUGGAACGACAACCAAGGAACCGGCCAGUAUCGUGAGCAACGGGGGCACGAUGGAUAAGCACAAAUCACUGCAGCGAACUCAGGGACCAAUGACAGUACACUGUUCUCCUGGAACUGGACGUACCGGAACGUUGGUGGCAUGCGAUGUCGCACUACGCCUUUUGGAGAUUCCCCCACGGACGGUGGAUGUUCCUCAAAUCGUGUACUACGUCCGACGAGGACGCGCGAGCGCCGUACGAACUAGGGAGCAGUAUGAACUGGUCUACAGGGUUGCCAACGUGUACGCGACGAAAUUGACGGGGCCAACCAUAGAAACAUAGGAAAGACUAAUUUAAAAUCAAGUAUUGUGAGUAAGUUCGACACCACCACAUGCCACCAGCAUGGCCACCUAGUGCCUUGAAGGAGGA